AUGUCUGGUAUGCACGGAGCUGGUCAAUCCAACGUCGGCGGCGCCGCUUUCUAUGAAGCUGGCGACCAGCGCAACGCGCCCAUGUCCGCCAACCAGCCUGAGCGCCACAACGAGGGCCAGAAGGGCAGCCAUAAGAACCUGGACUCCAAGGACCAGCGUUCUAUUGCCAACAAGCUUGCCUCGCAGGAGGGCAAGAAGGACCCUUCUCACCACCACAACAGCGUCCAAAACGAGGAGGCCGAGCUCAGCAAGCAAGAUCCUACCAAGCCGGCCAAGCUACACGGCAACAACCCAUCCAAGGGCGCCAAGAUCGAUGCCGAGCUCCAGGCCGAGGAUGAGCAGCGCCUGCGCGAGAAGGGCAUCAAGAAAUAA